GCGGGGCUGGCGCCGCGCCCAGCUCACCUCACCUCGUUUCGGGGGCCCGAGCUCUUGCUUGUGUCCGGCCUGCGGGGCCCUCCCGGGCUCCAGGAACAGACUGCGGCGCUGUAGAGGACACAAGUCUACAAACCAGGGAGCGGCCUCGCUCCUGGCUGUUGUUCGCGCCCGCCCGCAGGAGCGUGGCUGCCGCGGAGGCGGUGCCGGCGGCCACCCCCUCUCCUUCCGUCCCGGCCCGGGCAGCCUAAGGCGGAAGGGUACUGCUGCUGCUCUCUCACAGUCGGGGCCGUGCCUUUGCCUCGUAGUGACGGGACGUUUCGUGUCAAUUAGUAGUUUGGCGGAUGAUCUCUGCCGUGGGAUACUGCAGUCUACCUAAUUGCUGUAUCUUCACAUUCAGCGAUUCUGAAUUGAAACGCUACUGAAAGCUUACUGUGUAUAAGGGAUCAGGAGGUUGAAGUUAGCCCUGCCUUGGUAAUAACAUACUGUGACACAAACAGUGCAUUUCAGUGGGUCAGAAUUUUUAAAGGAGCUUUGCUCUAUGGUACUUAAGAACACCUACUUUAGGUUGAGUAAUGGCUAUGAAUUAUUUAACAGAUGUUACAGUAGUGGUGGGAGGCCCUUAUCAGGAGAAGGUUUUAGUAACAACUAUUGCUAUAAAUAACUUACAGAUUAAUGUAUUUUCCACUGUGGAAACAUAUAUGUAGUUCUCUGAAGGCCGUAGAAGUACACUCUUGCUUCAAAAAUUAGCACUCUAGAAGUCUGGGACCAGAUGAUGAGCUAUAUCUGCAGGAGCUAGUGUAACUUAAUGUAUGUUUAUGUAACAGAACUACUCAGAAAUGGACUCUUAGAUACAGAGGCAGUUUGGUAGUAGCUGCUGGCUGACCUGAAAUUAAUUUUUAGAGUAUUUCACCUCGUCUGUGUAGAACUCUGUAUUAUAUUUGCUUCUCACCUCCAAAUCUGCUAGUAAUUGUCUCAGUUUUCAAACAAACAGCAUCCCAAAUUACGGGCUUGAAAAUUCAGGCACUGAGUAGUAAGAGUCUCAGUUUUCCUAUCUCUGAAGUGGUUAAAAACUACCCUAGCUUUUGAAUAGGAGUGCAGUGCUAAACAACUUGAUAAUCAUACACAGAGACAUGAAAACUAGUUAUGUAGUGAGGAUGAAAUGCCCCAUAAUUCUUCUUGGUGAAAAUUCUAAAUGUGAUCAGUGAAGAACUAGUGAAUGUCAGUUUAUCUAAAUGUAAUACUGUUAUUCAUAGUGUUGUACUUACAACAAUAAUGUUAGUGAAAAGAUGGAACUCUUGUAUUUAUGAAAACCACAAAGAAGACUAACGAGAAAGUUUCCUAAGCUCUUAACCGGGGUACUCAUCACAAGUUUAAUUGAUUGUUUUCAAAACUACAUUAAAUGCUCUUACUUUCUCUCUUUUCUUCAGUAGCUUACUUGUUCUCCAAAAUUUGCUGUACAGGUAGCAUGUCACUGGAGAGAGCUUAGUGAUUUUUAAAAAUAACUGGGUGUGCAUCCCCUCAGUAGAGUUCCAGUAGUUACAGUCUUCAUUGGUGUUUGGAGUGUCUUAUUUCCAUGACAGCAGACCCAUUUUACUGUCCAUUGCACUGAACUAUAAGGGGUUGGUUGCUCCAUCUUAGGUGGGAAAGUCACUUUAAUUGCUCAGUCAAGAUCCUUUCCAGCUGUUAAGCUACACGCUUUCUGCCAGCACCUGAGUUAGAUUUAACUGUGGUGUUUUACCCACUUACUGACUCUAGCAAUCUGUCUUGCAUUUUUAACUGAAAGUACGGAGUCCCCAUUUUUCUUUUAUAGAGAUGAGUGAGCAUGUGCCAGAUUCUUAGCAGUCACAGUUUGUGGUCUGUCAUAGUAGUUAAGGUUGGAUUUAUGCUAGCAGGUUGGAUUGUAAACAGGAAUAUUUCUGGUGCAGUAAUUUUUUUACUAGGGCAAUCAAUUGCAGCACAGUGACUGGGAGGACUUCUGAGAAUAACAACUCAUAAAACCAAUAUGGCUGAUCCUGAAAAGUUCUUUAAAACUCUAGUGACAGUGUUUUUCGUAAAACAGAUUUCAAAGAGCUGGAAUGAUUUACAGUCCUGUAAAUGGCUGCAGAAUAGGCUGUGGAGUUAUAAACAGACAAAGGCCUUAAAGUUAUCAAAACACUGAAUUUAUAAACCUGUUUGUCACAGUUCUAAUAGGUAUAAGGACGUGAAACACCGAGAACUUACGCUGUUGUACUGGAAACUUGUUUGAAUGGAGGAGGGGUUUAUUCUUUAAUUGUACUUAAAAACAGUGUCUGUGAGUUGAAAAUGUUACUGGCCUCUAAAUUAUUUGAAGUCAGAAGUUCUGAAGGUUUUGUUCAUUGAACCACCUGGACAGUAGUGGCACACUGUGAUAUGAAGGCACACAUCAGCUGAUUCUUUUCGAAAAAGGGGGCCUAUUAGGAAAUUGCAGUAGGACUUCUGUUUUGUUUCAUUACGACAACUUACAGCUGCACCUUUUUUACCCUGACAGUGGUCUGUAAUAGAGCAUAUAGGGGAUGUUACUGUAGAAACUCUGUGGAGAAAUACAUGUUUCAGAUGAUGACAUACACACAAUGGCUUAAUUCUUAAAGUAAAUUUUGUUUCUUCUAAAUUCUAAAUACAUUCUUGAUUUUGAAAGGUAUUCAAAACUAUUAUUUCCUAAAACAUUACUUUUUUUACAUCCUAUGUAGCUUAAGUACUAAACAGGAAUAAUAAUUUGUGUGAAAAUUGUCUAAAAUACAUUAUAUAUCUAGUCAGACUGUUUUGCUUGCUAUGUAAUUUGGGAACUACUGCUGGAUUUAAAAAGGCUGAUCUUUGACUAAAGAAGGAAGGCUCAGGCUUAUGGUUCUUUGCAUACAAAAUUGUGAUAACUCAUGUGGAACAACUUAUCAUCCACAGCUUUUCCUUCAGAAUGAUGGAGGCAGUCUUGUAUUCAUUUCCCAUUGUUUCCUUGUACUCUGUACAGUGGAUUCAGGAAACAAAUGCAUAUGCAUUCUGUGUUCUCAUCCGUAAUAUUUGAUGCUGUUAGAGGGUAGAUGUCUUUAGACUAUAAGUUCAAGGUCACUUUUGUCAUCUUCCUGAGGUACCUUUUUCUAUUUCACCCACAACCCCUUUUUUAAUGGAAGGAGGAGUGAGGGAUAGACAUACAAAUAUGCAUAUAAAUUGGGAAUUCAGUGUGGCAAGCAGAGUACCUCUACGCCCUCUUGAUUUUAAACAAGAAUUUUAUCUGUAUUUAGAAUUUGGGGAUCACUUGCAGAAUGUUUGUUUGAAGAAAAACCUGCUUGGCUUUAAGAAAUGAAAGUGCUCAUUACUUCAAGAUCUUGAAGAGUUUUAGUAUAACAAAAAUGGUGAAGUUUAACCUCGGAGACGAUAUUGUGAAAGUUGUAAUCGAUUGGAGCAAGCUUCAGAGCACAUCAGCACUUCAGCCAGCAUUGCUCUUUAGUGCACUUCAGCAGCAUAUUUUAUGUUUACAGCCUCUUUUAGAAAAACUCCAGGCUUUGAUUAAAGAGGAAAAUAUAGGCCAUGUUGAACCCGCAGGUAAACCAGAAAGCCAAACCUGUGAAACAAGUUCAGAUAUUUAUGAUGGUAACUGUCAGACUGAAGAAAAGUAUCCAAGUUAUGACUUGGGAGAUCUGAAAGAUACUCGUGUUCAUUUUGAUCCAGAGGUGGUCCAAAUAAAAGCUGGAAAAGCAGAAAUUGACAGGCGGAUAUCAGCCUUCAUCGAGAGGAAACAAGCUGAGAUCAAUGAAAAUAAUGUCAGGGAAUUUUGCAAUGUUAUUGAUUGUAAUCAAGAGAAUAGCUGUGCCAGAACAGAUGCAAUUUUCACACCCUACCCUGGAUUUAAAAGCCAUAUAAAGGUUUCUAGGGUAGUAAAUACAUACGGACCUCAGACUCGGUCUGAAGGAGCGCUUAGGUCUAGUCACAAAGCCAGCCUACCCAUGCAUGAUUGUGGAAACCAAGCUGUUGAGGAGAGAUUGCAAAACAUUGAAGCACACUUACGGUUACAAACAGGUGGCCCGGUACCAAGAGACAUUUAUCAGAGAAUUAAGAAGCUUGAAGAUAAAAUCCUUGAGCUGGAAGGACUGUCUCCUGAAUAUUUUCAAUCUGUAAGCUGUUCUGGCAAGAGGAGAAAGGUUCAACCUCCCCAUCAGAACUAUUCAUUGGCUGAACUUGAUGAAAAGAUUAAUGCUAUAAAACAGGCAUUACUGAGGAAAACAAAAGAAAGCAAGUCCAAGGAGGCUGAGCAGCUUCUUCGAUAAAAAAAGUCUUUUCAGAAUCUUCACCGUGCUUUACACAUAAACCAUAGACCUGGGUAGUGUGCUUUGGGGAUGAUUUUAGCAAUGAAGACAAAGUAUGCAUAUAAGCUCCAUUUGGAUGAUCUUGAAAGCUUUCUUUCAUAAUAACUCAUUUAAAAGCAUUCUUAUUAAUGAAAUAGUUACUUUAAAAUGAAGAAUGUUUCAGGAAUAUCAUUCUAAUAAUCCAUUCCCUUCUGUUAUAAAGGAGGAUUGCAGCAUUGUUUGUGUGUGGAACGUCUCAACCUGCAUACAAAAGCUAUAUCUCUCGUGUAAUUCUUUAUGACUAAGUGUUUAAAAGGGCUGUCUUUUGAGUACUUUUCACCUAAGUAGUUUGCAUAGAGUUGUGAAAUAAAAUUAAGUAUUUCCUCAGAAAUAAACUGUCUUGGGGAAAAAAAAUUACAAAAAAUCUUGCAGCAUGCAUGCUUACCCUCAUUUUUUUUCCUGAAUUUGUCACCAUUUUCACAACUGUUAGAAAUGCAGCAAAUUGCAUUUGUUUGACAGGUGGUUAUGGAAAUCCUAUAUGUGUAAAUAAAAACAAGUGUUCUUCACUUCCUCAGUGUUCUGUGUGAAUUCAAACUUCAUACCCUGCUAACAAACUCAAUAUGUUCUAAAGAUGGGAGAUUUUGAGGAGCAUGCCAGCAAGGCAUCAACUUCCCUUCCAUUUGCAUGCUCACAUGACUUUUGAAUCAUGGAUGCUGGCUAUGUAGUUUAAAGUCAGACCUUUGCCCACACACUGCAGUGUGAUUUUGUUGUGACACUUUAUUUUUGUUUGUUUUAAUAAACCAUUUUUUAUUUAUACAA